AUGGCUGAGGAGCAUCACAUCGCGGGCUACGACGCAACCACCUUUUUCAACAUGCACGACUACGACAGUACUGGUCUAUGGACUACCGUCGACAUCCGCAAAACCUACGGUCUCGAAGACCCCUCCAGCGCCUCCAUCUCCGAGACCAAGAAGCAAAUGGUCGUUCAAACUAUCCUAGACAUGUUCGAUAUCAACAAGGACGGUUCCAUCACCUUGGCUGAGUUCCUUCAAAAAGAUUCGGAAAAUGUCAAGCUGCCGGACUUUGGCAUGGGCCCAGGCCACCACGGGGACGACGAGUACGAGUACGAGAUCCAUCAUUGGGAGAAAUACCACAGCGGUGACGAUGUGAAGGAAGAGGACUUGAACCACCCAGAGGACAUUGCGCAUUUCAAGAUGCAUGAGGAGAAGGAGGCGGCACAAGAGGAGUGGGAGAGGCUGGAGCUCAGGGGUGUUGUGGAGAAGAACAUCCCCCAGAAAUACAGGCGGAAUUGA